AAUAGUAUUAAAAAAAAAAAAAAGGAAUGAGGGCUGGUUCAAAUUUGUCUCCAUUCCCUAUUUACUAGAUACGAACCUAUUCUGUUCCUCUGUUAUCUUAUCUGUAAAAUGGAGAUUGUAGCUUCUACUUUUUAGGACUGUUCUGAAAAGAAAUGUUUAUAUAUAUAAUUUCCCAGACUCAGUAAAUACUCAAAAAAUGUUUCUGUAAAUUAACUUUUCACAAAACUAAAGCCUUUUACUGUAUAAACAGUAAGAGUCAAAUGUACCACGAUCCUUUGGCCUCCCUGUCGAUUUUGUGCCUACCGUGUAACGGUGGUGGUGUAGGUGCGGCCUAGUGCACAGAUAAAGCGGCCAUAAUCGACCUGCAAAUCAGCCAUGCGGGGAGGUGGAAAGACAAACCCAGCGCUGCUAGCGGGUCCCCGAGCCCGCACUCAGCUCCGCCUCACUUUCAUGAGCAAGUUGCUGACGGACAGCUCUUCUCAGCCACUCAAGCCGCGCCUUUUCUUAGCGCCCCGCCCCCUCAGACUUGAUAGGUAGCUGGCCUCAGCCAAUGGUGACGCACAGGCGUAGGCGUCGUGCCCAAUCAGCGAGUGGGAGCCGGGAAAGGAAUGGGGCCGCGUUAGAAGCGGCUGGCGCGGCCAGAAGGCAGCAGCGCGGCGCGCGGCGGAGGUUUUGGUAUGAACAGGAUUCGGAUCCACGUCUUGCCGACCAAUCGGGGAAGGAUCACCCCAGUGCCCAGGUCUCAGGAGCCCUUGUCUUGUUCGUUUACUCAUCGCCCAUGCUCGCAGCCUCGUCUGGAGGGGCAGGAGUUUUGCAUUAAGCAUAUCCUUGAAGACAAGAAUGCACCUUUCAAGCAGUGCAGUUAUAUAUCCACGAAGAAUGGAAAAAGAUGUCCUUGUGCUGCUCCGAAGCCUGAGAAGAAAGACGGGGUGUCCUUCUGUGCUGAACAUGCGCGUAGGAAUGCCCUAGCACUUCAUGCUCAAAUGAAGAAGACGAAUCCAGGGCCUGUGGGUGAAACACUCUUGUGCCAGCUGAGCUCAUAUGCUAAGACAGAGCUGGGGUCUCAGACUCCAGAAAGUAGCCGAAGUGAAGCCAGCCGAAUUUUGGAUGAAGACAGCUGGAGUGAUGGGGAGCAGGAACCCAUUACUGUGGAUCAGACAUGGAGAGGUGACCCUGACAGUGAAGCUGAUAGCAUAGACAGUGAUCAAGAAGAUCCCCUAAAACAUGCUGGUGUCUACACAGCAGAAGAAGUGGCCCUAAUUAUGCGUGAGAAGUUAAUUCGUUUGCAGUCUUUGUACAUUGACCAGUUUAAACGACUUCAGCAUCUGCUCAAAGAGAAGAAGCGACGUUACUUACACAAUCGCAAAGUAGAACAUGAAGCUCUAGGUAGUAGUCUUCUGACUGGCCCAGAGGGACUUCUGGCCAAAGAAAGAGAGAAUUUAAAGCGUCUAAAAUGUCUUCGGCGAUAUCGUCAGCGCUAUGGAGUGGAAGCCUUACUACACAGGCAGCUGAAGGAACGCAGAAUGCUGGCCACAGAUGGUGCCGCCCAACAGGCCCAUACCACUCGUUCCAGUCAGAGGUGCUUGGCCUUUGUGGAUGACGUUCGUUGUUCCAAUCAGUCUCUUCCAAUGACCAGACACUGCCUUACUCAUAUUUGUCAGGACACGAAUCAGGUUCUCUUCAAAUGCUGCCAGGGGUCUGAAGAGGUACCCUGCAACAAACCAGUUCCUAUAAGCCUCUCUGAGGAUCCCUGCUGCCCACUGCAUUUCCAGUUGCCUCCUCAGAUGUAUAAGCCCGAGCAGGUACUGUCUGUGCCAGACGAUCUGGAAGCCGGCCCCAUGGAUCUGUACUUGAGUGCUGCUGAGCUUCAGCCCACUGAGAGUUUACCUCUGGAGUUCAGUGAUGACUUGGAUGUUGUGGGUGACAGUAUGCAGUGCCCUCCUUCACCCUUGCUCUUUGAUCCUUCACUGACCCUUGAAGAUCAUUCAGUCAAAGAAAUUGCUGAAGGCUCAGUGGAUGUUUUGGCAAGUGAAGGACAACCCUGGCCAAACAGAGGGUUUGCUGCUGGCUAUGGCUAGCAUGUACUCCCAGGGAAUACGGGUAUCAUCAGUAGCUGGAAAGGUGCCUCAGAUGGCAGUUCUCCAGAUGUGCUGUAGAGAGUACAGUUAAUAGCCCUGGUCCCAAAUCUGGGAGAGCAGGACACAGAUUUAUUUAGUUAACUAGAAAAGUUUGAGACAAGGAAUGUAGGUAAAUGGUUGCUUCUGUGGAGAGUUUAGCACUGGGAUUGUUUUCAUCAUAGAGUUAAGCAAUAUGAUUGGCUUUUUUGAGCUGUUGGGUGAGAUACUAAUGGCCCUGACUGAAGACCUGCAGUUAUAUACUACAGCUGUUGGUUUCAAGCAGAGGCCCAGAGGACUGUCUUCCUGUGAUCUCUUGGCUGUUCUGGAACCUCAGCAGAGAAUGGCUAUUUCAUUUGGAAGAAACAACCCACAGCUCUCCUUUUGACUGGGGGAGCCACAGAAAUGAUAGAGAAAAAGUGAAUUAUGACUCCAAGCAUCAGGAUAGUUAAGUAUGGGCAAAAGCAACUGCCUAAAGUUCUAUCUGCUGUCUUGUUUGUGUUGCUUAUACAUGGGCGUUGUAUAAGUCACACUCAUGCUUCGGACCACAAUGAAUGAGUUUGUAACCGGAGUGACUUUCUUUUAACAGGGCCAGAUGCAGAUGGCUGGAGAUGGGUGCAGAUCACAGGGAUUUCGAAAUUCUGAGAAAGCUUCUGCAUCGUUGCCUCAAAGUGGAGUGGCUACUGCAAAUGGGAAGCUAGAAUCCACUUCUGUCAGUUGAUAGUUUGUUUUGGGAACCAGUUGACUUUGGAGGAUUAGUAUUUCCCAGUGUUUAAGCAAGUAUUUCCUGACCAGCUCUACUGAAAGACAACCCAGACUACCUUGUUUUUCCUCUGGAUUAUCAAGUGCUAUAGUCAGACUAAAUAUUGGGGGAAGGGACCAAUAAUGUCUAAAAGAUGUUAGUGUCUUCCCACUCUAGACACAGAAGAGAGAUGAGCGAUUCUUACCCAGUCAGAGCUGCUGGGAUUCAGAGUAUUUGGGACUAUGCCUAAGGGGAGAGAGAUUUUUGCAAUGCAGUUUCCCAGGUCUUGGGAUAUUUGAUGGACCUAAUGGCUGAUUAUCUCUGUCUAGCAGCCUGUGUUUUAGCCUUUCCUUACUUCUCAUCUAACUGGGUAAUCUGAACCCCCUUCCCUCAAUGAACUCUGCCCUAUAGCCUCUGAGAAAAUAGCCUGCAGGUCUGGACCAUCCAUCUUCUAACCUACUGUAAAUUUCUGUAGUGGCUGUCUUAUGUUAAGAUAUAAUAAAAAAUUAUUGUAUAUAGUUUCUAUUAAGUAUUAAAAUGUUAUGAAAAUGUAAGUCACUUGAA